AUGACGGAUGGAUAUUUUCAUGAAGAAAGAGAAAAGAUUCGUAUUGUUGGAAAUGGAAUAGGGUUUUGGAAAUCCAUGGGAGAAGAAGAUCAAGUCUAUGACUCAAGUGGAGAUGUUUUUGCCUUCAAGACCUAUUUCACUUAUUUUUCAGGAUCCCCACACAACGCAAUGAAAACAAAGAAAACAAUUUGGAGAAUGGAGGAGUACCGAUUACCAAUGGGAUGUAGCACUAAAGGCCAAGAGGUGACUAACUUGCCAUUGCACUCUAUAUCAAGUCCAUAG